AUGGCCAACAACCGCAUGUCCAUCUACUCCAUGGCCUCCGAGCCAGGCAUGGGCGGCUCGAGAGGACCACAGGGUGCCCAAGUCACCGCGACCACGCUGCUCAACGCCGUUCAUAACAUCUACCUCUCUUCACAGCCAUACAAGCUUGAUGCCGGGACAAGUCUCGUCGUCAACACAUGGCUCACGGCCUCCCAGCCCGGCCCUGACGGCCGGGUGGGAGGUACCGUCGACCCCGAGCUAGCCGCGAGGGCAUGGGAACAUGCCCGUCGUCGUGCUGAAGAUGGCUGCAUUAUCCUUGGCUCGCUUCAUACUUCGACGCCAUCAUUGCUACGGCCCUUCCUUCAGACCUUCCCCGUCCCGAUGCCGAGCAUGUUGCUACAGGCCCUCCAUGCCCUCGAGCCCUUCCUUCGCUGCGUCACCCCGUACAACCCCUCGCUGCCCAGGCAAACGGCCCUCGGGGUCACAUUGACACUCAACCUCGCCGGUAAUGUCGUCGGGGCGUCCAUUGCCCUAUCACAAGGCGGCAUCGACACGGAGAAGGGUCUGCUACGCGUCCCGUCCGAGUCUGGCUACCGCGCCUUCGAUGCCUUUUACUACCUGCUCACGUCUGCCUCGACCCCCGCCGAGCGCGAGUUUCUUGGUCUGAAGGACGCCGGCAGCUACAAUCUCCUGGCCCGAUCUGGCACCUACAGCCCCCCGACUUACCUCCCGACUGCUGACGACGGCGCCGCGGCCGACGACUUCCGGUCCGCCCUGAAGGAGAUUGGCAUCAAGGGCUCGGCCCACCGCAACUUCAUCUCCACGCUUGCCGGUCUGUUGAAGCUCGGUAACACAAUCGACUAUACGAUCGAUAGCGACGCGCUGGAGGAGAUCUGCGAGGAUGUUGGUGGCUUGCUGGGCUUGGAACCUGAUGUUCUGACCAAGCAGCUGACCACCGAUGACCGUGGCAUCUUGCUCGGCGGUCUAUACGAGGCAGUGGUGGACUGGGUGAUCAAGAAGGCUAACGAGGCCAUCGCCGCCCAGCUGGAGGCCGAGAGGGCAGGGAGCGACAACGGGGAUACUGUUUGUCUCCAUGUCCUCGAGAUCCCAGACCCGAAUCUCGGUAAGGCGGUUGCCAUGCGCGGCAUCUUUGACGAUACCCAGGGCAUCAACGCAGAGAUGAAGCAGGACGGCAUCGAGAUUGCCGCCGUCAACAGCUCGGUCCUGCGCGAGAUGCAAAACGCGGUCGCCGAGUGCGGGCCCGAUCUGGGUAUCACGGUUGGCAGCCUUGCUAGGGAGAGGCAGCACUUCCUGGACAAGCGCGAGGAAGUCUUGGAGAAAAUCGCCCUGGCUGCCGAGGAGGACGGUUUCCUCAAGUCGCUGCUCAUCCCCAACCCGGCUGAGGGCAUGACCCUCGGCCGUGCUGGACGAAUUGAUAUCCCCUCGCUUCUGAACAGCAGCCGGCAGUGGUACCAUCUGUGCAUUCACCCCACAGAUGAGUCUCCCGCCAGUCUGGCCGCCCUGCCGUCGGUCAACUCGGCAUGGUCUGCCGGGACCGUAUCACGGCAGCUCCGCGCCUGGCGGCUCCCUGAGUGGGCCAACCGCCGCAACAAGCACCUCGACUUCACCGCCGACUUCGAUUUCGACGAGUUCGUCCGCCGCUACCGUGUUCUUGGCUGCAUGGACGGCCGCGACGGCAUCGAGAGCUGGAUUCUCGAGCGCGGCUGGACCAACGGCGAGGUGGUUGUCGGUAACGAGCGUGUCUGGAUGAGGGAGAAUGCCUGGUGGGAGGCUGAGAGCAUGCUUGACCUCAAGCCCAGCGAGAUCGAGCGUCUUAGCAGCAUGCCCGGCAGCGUUAUGGCCCCGACGGGUCUGACUGCCCCGAGCUUCCCGGCCAAUAAUGGCAGCGGCUUCUUCCCGCCGCAGCAGCCGUUCCAGGAUAUCUCGUCGAAUGGCAGCCGUGAGCAGCUCAUGCAUCAGCGGAACUACAGCCAGGCGACGCUUGGUGUUGCUCAGCCCAUGCCGAGCCCUUCGACAGUCGCUCCGGGCACUCACCAGCAUCUCAGCACGGGUGACUAUGGUCUCGGUAGCAAGGGUGACCAGCACAAAGGUGACGUGUUUUAUGAGACGGCCGGGCACUUUAAUGGUGGUGAUCCGGACCUGACGGCUGGCAAGAAGAUCGAGGAGCAUCCCGUCAGCGCGGGCAGAAGGGCCUGGGUUACGCUGGUUUGGCUGCUCACUUGGUGGAUUCCCUCGCCGCUGCUGCGGUACGUUGGUCGCAUGAAGAGGCCUGACGUGCGCAUGGCCUGGCGUGAGAAGGUCGUCCUGUGCUUCUUCAUCCUGCUCAUGAACGCCAUCGUCGUCUUCUGGAUCAUCUUCUUCGGUCGGCUCCUGUGUCCCAACUACGACAAGGCCUACUCAAGAGGCGAGGUCUCGCGUCACAUGGGCGAGGACGACUUCUGGGUCAGCAUCCACGGCAAGGUAUACGAUAUUUCCAAGUUCUGGAAGCUUGAGCACGGCACUACGGGACGCGAGGCCACGCGUGAGUACAUGCUGCCGCUGGCCGGUAUGGAUCUGUCGGACUACUUCGUCGUGCCGCUUAGCUUCGCGUGCCCCGGCCUGGGUAUCGACAAGACCGUCAAGCUGCUGUUCAACAACACGCCGGAGUACACGUAUGCCGACCAUACGUCGGGCCACUAUGCUGCCGAUCCCACGUCUGCUCUGAGGAACGAGGAUUGGUACGCGAAGAAGUUCCUGCCGCGCAUGAAGGAGUACUACACCGGCGACCUGGUCUGGAAUCCCAAGGACAUCGAGGCCGACGGCGAGUACAACCACUACUGGUUCAUCUACGAGAACAAGGUCUUUGACCUUACCGACUACAUGAAGACGCUGAAGGACAUGAACAACAACGCGCGGUACACCUUCCUCAACGCCCGCAUCGUCAACCUCGUACGCAACAACCCCGGCGCGGACCUGACCGAGCAGAUCAACUCGUUGCUGGAGCGGUGGGCGGGCAACGUCACGGAGAAUGCUAGCCUGCGCAACACCAUGAACUGCCUCAACAACCGCUUCUAUGUGGGCAUCACCGACUUCCGCGAGACGCCCAGGUGUCAGGUUAGCCGCUGGAUCAUGCUGGCGUUCACUAUCAUUAUUUGUGCGGUGAUCCUCAUCAAGUUCGUGUCGGCUCUGCAGUUCGGCUCCAAGCGUCGCCCCUCGCCGCAGGACAAGUUCGUCAUCUGCCAGGUGCCCGCCUACACCGAGGGUGAAGACUCGCUGCGCAAGGCCAUCGAUUCUCUUACGGCUCUCCAGUAUGAUAACAAGCGCAAGCUGAUCUGCAUCAUCUGCGACGGUAUCAUCACGGGUGCCGGCAACGACCGUCCGACUCCUAAGAUCGUGUUGGAUAUCCUCGGUGUUGAUCCUAAGGUGGAUCCGCCCGCGCUGCCCUUCAAGUCGGUCGGUACCGGCAGCGAGCAACUCAACUACGGCAAGGUAUACUCGGGUCUGUACGAGUACGAGGGCAAUGUUGUCCCCUAUCUGGUCAUCGUCAAGGUCGGCAAGCCCUCGGAGCGCGAGAAGCCCAAGCCCGGCAACCGCGGCAAGCGUGAUUCGCAGAUCCUGUUGCUCAGCUUCCUCAACCGUGUGCACCACCGCGCGCCCAUGAACCCGCUGGAGCUCGAGAUGUUCCAUCAGAUCAACAACGUUAUUGGCGUGGAUCCCGAGCUAUACGAGUACCUGCUGAUGGUUGACGCCGAUACUUGUGUGAGGGAGGAUUCUCUGAACAGGCUGGUAGCUGCUUGUGCCAACGAUGCGAAGAUUGCAGGCAUCUGUGGUGAGACCAGCCUGCAGAACGAGGAGCGCUCGUGGUGGACCAUGAUACAGGUUUAUGAGUAUUACAUUUCGCAUCAUCUUGCCAAGGCCUUCGAGUCGUUGUUUGGCAGCGUUACUUGCUUGCCUGGAUGCUUUUGCAUGUAUCGCCUGCGGACAGCGGACCGCGGGAAGCCCUUGAUCAUCUCGGACGACGUCAUCCGCGAUUAUAGCGACUGCAACGUGGACACCCUGCACAAGAAGAACCUGCUCUCGCUGGGUGAGGACCGUUACCUCACCACGCUAAUGACCAAGUACUUCCCGUACAUGUCGUACAAGUUCCUGCCGGACGCCUACUGCCAGACUGCCGCGCCCGAGAAAUGGAGCGUCUUGCUGUCGCAGCGCCGUCGCUGGAUCAACUCCACCAUCCACAACCUGGUCGAGCUUAUGUUCCUCCCAGAGAUGUGCGGCUUCUGCUGCUUCUCGAUGCGCUUCGUCGUCUUCAUCGACCUCUUCGGUACCAUCAUUCUCCCGGCUACCUGCGUCUACCUCGGCUGGCUGCUCUACACUGUCAUCACGCGCACCGGCCCCUUCCCGCUCAUCUCCAUCAUCAUGCUGGCGGCCGUCUAUGGCCUGCAGGCCCUCAUCUUCAUCCUCAAGCGCCAGUGGCAGCACAUCGGCUGGAUGAUCAUCUACAUCAUCGCCUUCCCCGUCUACUCCUUCAUCCUGCCCAUCUACUCCUUCUGGAACCAGGACGAUUUUGCCUGGGGUAACACGCGCGUGGUCAUUGGCGAGAAGGGCAAGAAGCAGGUCGUUGCCGUCGACGACGAGGGCUUCGACCCCCGCUCCAUCCCCCUCCAGCGCUGGGACGAUUAUGCCCUUGCGAACGGUCUACCUGGUCGCCGCGGCGGUGGCCCCUCGGAGAAGUAUAUUGCUGACGCCGGCAUGGGCAUGCCCGGUAGGGGAAUGGGAAUGUAUGAUGCCGAGUAUGAGAUGGAUGAUAUGAAAUCCGUCUACUCGUCUGUGCGCCAGCCCUCCGUCCUCAACAUGCCUGGUAACGGCCGCGGCGUGAACGCGUACAUCCCGCCUACCCCGACAUCCCCCUUCGCUCCGGCUGGCGCGGCUGGUCGCACGAGCACCUUCCUCGGCGCAAGCACCCCGUACACGGAUAAUCCAGCGCUCGCGAACCGUCAAUCAAUGAUGUCCAUGGGUGGUGGCCUGGCCCGCACCCACACCCCUUUCCAGGGUGAUCAUCUCCGCUCCAUGAGCGGCACGCCCCCCACCACGCUCGGCAUCCCUAGCUCUAACACAAACAACCGCAUGUCAACCUUCAGCGCAGCCCCCUCGCGUCUGGGUCUGCACAACGACAUGUCGACAGGGUCAUUUGGCGCUGGUAUUGGCAAUAAUGGGCCGGAUGAUGCGGCAAUUAUCGAGGCGAUUCAAGCCGUGCUGAGGGAGGUCGAUCUAGAUAGUGUGACGAAGAAGCAGGUGAGGGCGUUAGUCGAGCAGAGGUUGCAGACGGAACUAGUCGGGGAGAGGAAGGCUUUUAUGGAUCGGUGGAUUGAUAAUGAGUUGGCGAAUAUGUAA